UUUCGGUGCUGGUGUGGGUGGGCGCUGCCAAAUUGUGUUCACAGGGAUUCACCAUUGGUCCAGACGAGAGAGACUCGGGGGCAGGCGUCGACUGCACGAAGGUGAACAUGUUGUGAACAAUCUCACGAGAAAAUAUGAGAUUUUCCUGAUUAUUGUUUACAUUGCACAAAAAAAAAAAUCGGGAAACCGAAUCGAUCCGGAUCCAAGUGAAGCGGCGUGCAACUUCCGAAACAGGUUGGUUCCUUUACCCCCGCGGCGAGGAAGGAAGGAAGGAAGGCAGGCGACUGGGGCCGAACUUUGUUUUGAUCGACACUGGAGGAAGCCAGGACCCGAAAUCCAUCUCACCACCGGGGGAGGAAAACGAUAGUAAGAGGUGGUGGGGGGGUCACUAUAACAGAAGACAUUAAACAUACCUGGUGGGGGGACACGCAGAGUCUCGAGGGUCGCCAUUGUGUGCCAAGGAAGGCACCCGGACACAGGCACGGCAUGGUGCUCGGGGAGAGGGAUGCGACGGGGAUCCCCGCCUAAGGAGCACAGAAAGGCGGGUUCGGGAUACCCGGAGUUGUCGAGGCCUCCGAGGUGGGGAAUCCGCCGCGGUCUGCCUUUGAGCCCUCGCCGCGCGCUCCCGCGUCUCGGUCGCGGACGGUGAAGCACGCGAGGGACGCGGCUGUGGAUGCGGCCUAGUUCGCCUGGGAGUGUCUGCCGAGCACCGGGGGAGAGACAACGGGGGACGGUUUUGACAAGGGCCCCUCCGGAGGAGCGAGGAGACAUUGAAUUACACCAUGAUGGAAGAACUGCACAGCCUGGACCCCCGGCGGCAGGAGCUGUUGGAGGCGCGUUUCACCGGAGUUGGUGUGGCCAAGGGCUCCGGUCAGAAUCAAAACGAGUCCUCCAAUCAGAGUCUAUGCAGUGUGGGCUCGCUCAGCGACAAAGAGCUAGAGACGCCUGAGAAAAAGGCGAAUGACCAGAGAGUGAGAAAACGGAAAGCAGACCACUUUGACGCCAGCCAAGGCAAAGCAGGAGCAAGGGGGCCUAAAAUUAGUGAUUAUUUUGAGUUUGCGGGAGGUAGCGGUCCUGGUACCAGCCCUGCCCGGGGAAUUCCACCAGUUGUCCGCUCUUCCCCACAACACUCCCUGUCCAACCCCCCUGUCAUGGUGCAGCAGGGAAGCCCCUCCUCCGUCGGCUCGGCCAACACGGAGCUCCCGGCGUGUUCGCUGAAGCCCGCUGCUCUUUUCAUGCUGCACAAAGCCACACAGUCUGACCUUACCAUAGAGAAACUAACCGCAAUGGAGAACAACAAGAACUCUGACCUGGAGAAGAAGGAGGGGCGAAUAGACGAUUUGCUCCGGGCAAACUGUGAUCUGAGGAGGCAGAUCGAUGAACAGCAGAGGAUGCUGGAGCGAUACAAGGAGCGCUUAAAUAAGUGUGUGACCAUGUCUAAGAAGCUGCUGAUUGAAAAGUCCAAACAGGAGAAGAUGGCAUGCCGGGACAAAAGCAUGCAGGACAGGCUUCGACUGGGUCACUUCACCACCGUGCGACACGGCGCGUCUUUCACGGAGCAGUGGACGGAUGGAUAUGCCUUCCAAAACCUUAUCAAACAACAAGAAAGGAUCAACUCCCAGCGAGAGGACAUCGAACGGCAGAGGAAGCUGUUGGCCAAACGCAAGCCGCCCUCCAUGGCCCAGACGCCGCCGCCGAGCCUGGAGCAAAACAAACGUAAAAGCAAGACCAACGGAACAGAAAGCGAAGCGUUGUCGCAGGCAGAGUACCACGAGCAAGAGGAAAUCUUCAAGCUGAGACUAGGUCAUCUUAAAAAGGAGGAGGCGGAGAUCCAGGCAGAACUGGAGAGGUUGGAGCGAGUGCGGAACCUGCACAUUCGGGAACUGAAGAGGAUCCACAAUGAAGAUAAUUCCCAGUUCAAGGAUCACCCUACGCUAAAUGACCGUUACCUGCUGCUCCAUCUACUUGGACGGGGAGGUUUCAGUGAAGUUUACAAGGCCUUUGACCUCACAGAGCAAAGGUACGUCGCGGUCAAAAUCCACCAGUUAAACAAGAACUGGCGGGACGAGAAGAAGGAAAAUUAUCACAAACAUGCAUGCAGAGAAUAUAGAAUCCAUAAAGAGCUGGACCACCCACGAAUAGUUAAACUCUACGACUACUUUUCGCUUGACACUGACUCGUUCUGCACCGUCUUGGAGUACUGCGAGGGCAACGACUUGGACUUUUACCUGAAGCAGCACAAGCUCAUGUCAGAGAAAGAGGGUCGAUCCAUCAUCAUGCAGAUCGUCAACGCCCUCAAGUACCUCAACGAGAUCAGACCGCCCAUCAUCCACUACGACCUUAAGCCCGGCAACAUCCUCCUGGUGAACGGCACCGCCUGUGGGGAGAUCAAGAUCACAGACUUCGGCCUGUCGAAGAUCAUGGACGACGACAGCUACAACUCGGUGGACGGGAUGGAGCUGACGUCGCAGGGAGCCGGAACGUACUGGUACCUCCCCCCCGAGUGCUUUGUGGUUGGGAAGGAACCACCCAAGAUCUCCAACAAGGUGGACGUGUGGUCUGUGGGCGUCAUUUUCUACCAGUGUCUGUACGGCCGAAAGCCCUUUGGCCACAACCAGUCGCAGCAGGACAUCCUGCAGGAGAACACCAUACUGAAGGCAACAGAUGUGCAGUUUCCUCCUAAACCAGUAGUCACACCUGAAGCUAAGGCCUUUAUAAGGCGCUGUCUAGUCUACCGCAAGGAGGACCGCAUCGACGUGCACCAGCUGUCCAGUGACCCCUUCCUCAUGCCCCACAUCCGCAAGUCGGUGGCCUCCUCGGGCACCGUGGGCACAGCCGUGGCCUCCACGUCGAGCUCCUCCAACAGCAGCGCCUCAAACUGAACUGACUGACUGAACCGUUUUUGAAAAGAGUCGAGUGGGUGGGGUCAGAGCAUCCCACCAUCGCCAUGAAAAGUCCCAAGAGAAGAGGUCAGACGACAGCAAGGGGGGUUGCGUGAGGAGUCAUGGGUUGAAUUGGAAAGGGAAGUACCCCUGCGUCACCCUUCAUCACCUCUCAUGUCCACACACCCCCAACCCUUACCUGUCCUCCUUUCUCAGAAGCGUGGCAUCGUUCUGGGGGUCAAAGCCCUGGAUGAGUCACACAGCAAAGGGGCUGAGGUUGUUGGCACCAUGUCGGGGGUUCGGUGUUUUGGAUUUUUUUCUUUUCUGCUUAACAAAAGAAAACAAAAGAGGAAGUAUAGAACUGCUUCAGCUUGGCCAGAUGGAAAGGACCGCGGAUGAAAAGGCCUCCUGCCCGUACGCACUCACUCAACCCCCCACCGCAUGAGCCACUCUGGUCCGAGGUCGUCCCGACUCCCUCAUCUCCCUGAACCCGACCGACAGAACCAGUUUGACCUGUUAAUCGUAUCGAACCCUAAAUAUCUAUGGCUCUUAUUUCAUCCAGCUCGCCGUUUUCUGGGAAACCUCCGCCGCCCCCACUUCAAUUCAAGACCCGGAUAGUUUGCGACGAGGAGGCACCGGAGCCGUUCUCCCCUCUACACCCUCCCUCCCGUCUCCUCGUCAAACUCCUGUGACCAAAGCUUAGAACUUCCAGCUGGUGGCAGUGUUCCACCUCCGUUUUUAUAAUGAAAUGGUUUUAGAGUCGUGUUACGUGACACGGAGUGGAAGCUGUUGAGGGAACGACCCCUUUUACAUUUUUUUUUUCUUAAAAAAAAACACUUAUGGCGAAAACUGUUGUGUUUUUUCGAGUUGCCUUUAAUUAGAGCUGUUAUCGUUUUGGAUUGACACACCCCCCUCUACCAUACACAUAUUUAUUUAGGUAUGUUUUGAAAUUUUAUUUUUUUUGGCCAAUAAAAUGCAAGGGACUGGUUUACCUUCUAGUACUGUGGCGGGAGACUGGGCCUUAGCAGACAGUUGCAUUAAACCAUUAAAUACUAUUGGUUAAAAUGUG